AUGCCAAGAUUUCGACCAGCUACCACGGGUUAUGCCCAAAUUGCCCAAGCCGAAGAGUUCAGCGACGACGAAGAUGAGGACCCCCUCGCUGCCAGCCAUGCUUCCUUACAACCAGCAACCGCACCACGAUAUGCCUCCAUUUCACAACCUCGACCGCAUGGUGGAAUGUAUACAGAUGGAUACAGUUCACCGACAAAUAAUCGAAAGUCCGGACAUACGAGAAGGCGAAGUCGUAUGGGAAGCAAUGCCUCCGGUGUGGACAUCAAAGCUAUAAAUGCUAGAUUGGAACGAUGGGCCGACGAGAUAGCAUCCAAGUUUAAAAUCAAUAAAGUCAAAGGGAAAUCACAUCAGGAGGAAAAAUUGGAAAUCCAGCACUCAGUUUUUCAAGCACCGGAAGGCAUGCGACCCGUUACUGCUGAUACUUUGGCAUCGGAGCCCGAUCAUGGACGAAUGACGAAAUCGGAAUUUGAGGAGGUUGUUGAAAGUGUUCGAGUUGCGAUUGAACAGGGUAUGCAUCCGAAAAUGAUAUCUCAGGGUAGUUCUGGAAGUUACUUUGCUCGAAAUAGUGAUGGAAAAGUAGUCGGUGUGUUCAAACCGAAGGAUGAGGAACCGUACGCCGCAGGAAAUCCGAAAUGGAACAAAUGGAUCCAUCGCAAUUUAUUUCCAUGCUUCUUUGGCAGGGCAUGUCUAAUUCCCAAUUUGAGUUAUGUUUCCGAAGCUGCAGCAUACACGCUUGACUGUAGGUUACGAACCCACCUUGUGCCCUACACCGACAUAGUUCACUUAUCUUCGAAAUCUUUUCAUUAUGAUUUUUGGGAUCGAAGGAAGUUUUACAGGAGUAAAAAGCCUCUACCUCCAAAGGUUGGCAGUUUCCAAGUCUUCCUCAAAGGGUUCAAGGACGCGAAUAUCUUCCUCCGUGAACACCCUUGGCCAGAUCAUGCAAAUGGAGCAUUUAGAUUGAACGAUACUCACAGAAACAAAAGAGGAUGGAAAGAGACUUGCCGUCCAGGUUCAUCAAAGUCAGACGAGGGUAAUGAAGGGGCGGGGGCUAGCAGUCCUACCGGAUCCGGAGAUGGUAAUCAAAAUCGACGUUUCGCUUGGACAGAUGCAUUACAACAAUCAUUUCGAGAGGAGUUGGAGAAACUGGUUAUAUUGGAUUAUAUAAUGCGAAAUACGGAUAGAGGUCUUGAUAAUUGGAUGAUCAAAAUCGACUGGGAAAAUCAGGGCGUUUCCAUCGUUUCAGACCCUCCUCAAAUGAGGACCAAUCCAGACUCAGACCACGCACCACGAGUAGUUCCUAGCUCUGAUAACAUCAAUAUGUCUCAUCUACCGGCAUACCCCUACCGUAGUCAAGAGCCUAUGGAAGCUACAAGUAGAUCGGCUACACCAUCUAGAAUGGCAGCACCAACCAUAUCUAUUGGUGCGAUUGAUAAUAGUUUAUCAUGGCCUUGGAAGCAUCCUGAUGCUUGGCGAAGUUUCCCCUUUGGAUGGUUGUUUUUACCUGUAUCACUGAUUGGACAACCAUUCUCUCAAAAAACUCGGGAACACUUUCUUCCCUUGCUCACUUCAAAGCAAUGGUGGAGUGAGACUCAGCUAGAGUUGAGAAAGGUAUUCAGCCAAGAUGCGGAUUUUCAAGAACGUAUGUUCGCCAGACAAAUUGCUGUCAUGAAAGGACAAGCUUGGAAUGUCGUUGAGACCCUCAAAACAGUAGACCACGGUCCUUUAGAGUUGACUCGAAGACCAAGAGUUUGUGUUUGGGAUGAUCUUGUUGAUAUACCUGUUGCGGUUCCUAUGAGAGUGCCUUCUGCAGAAAUGCGAAGACGUAAUGAGGCUCGCAAUAGCCUUGAUGAAGAAAUGGAUAUUAGUGCCGCCAAUGCGCCAGCGCCGCAACCAGAUCUUCUGGGACUUGCAAGUCCCUCUACAGAAUUACCAAACCCGAACCGAUUCGAAUUAGCUAGUCCACGAUAUAGUGAAGAGCCUUCCCCUGACCUCGAGUCUUCUGAGCCUACAUUUGCAAAUACAGGAUUCUCUCGAGAGAAUACUUCUAAGGAUGGAGUGAGGUUCUCGGAUCGACCACACCUUCAACAUUCUAGAAAUCGUAUGAGUUAUGAUGGGCCUGCAAGGUCACCAAACGGCAACCAUUUUGAAUCGAGAAGAUUCUCAUUUAGUUCGAGGAGUCGUGGGGCUGUUCAGACAUUGUAUGAUGGCGAUGAUCUUGAAGGGGACUUGGGAUACGCAGCGGCUGAAGGGAUGGAGGGCAAUCAGAGGAAGGUUAUAGUAGAAAGACUUGAAACAGUCAAAAGCAAAAACCCCGUCUUUACGUGGUGUUAA